AUGUCAACUUCACAGCUUGAUCAGCCACCGGCAUGUAGCAGAACAAGUGACGACGACGCAUUGCCGCUGAAGAAUCAAAGUGGACAUGAAAACCAGUCAAUGCUGGAGGGCAAGCAGCUGGCCCAUCAGCUCCUCUACAACGCAACGCCACCCACCGUGUUGGUUGAUUUCGAUGGCCCAGACGAUCCGUACCAUCCACUGAAUUGGCCAUUUCGGAAGAAGGUCGUCACAACUUUUUUGUACGGACUAACGACCUGCUGGAUCACGUUUGCUUCGGCGGUCUAUUCAGCAGGACUUUGGCAAAUCGCCACUGACUUCAAUGUCACCUUGGAGGUGGCAGCAUCUGGUGUUAGUUUGAUGGUGUUUGGGUUUGGAUUAGGGCCUUUGGUAUGGGCGCCCUUGAGCGAGGUAUACGGACGGAAAUGGGUAGUCAUAGUGCCAUAUUUCAUUGCCGCCAUCUUCUCCUUCGGCACUGCAGCAGCGAAAGAUAUCCAGACCGUCUUGAUCACACGGUUCUUCGCUGGUCUGUUAGGGAGUGCUCCGAUCACUAAUACUGGGGGCGUCCUGGCCGACGUUUGGCCUCCUCAACAACGUGGCAUUGCCGUUGUUGGCUACGCCAUAACCCUCGUCGGUGGACCAACACUCGCCCCGAUUAUUGGAAGCGCCCUGACAUCGAGCUAUCUGCGCUGGCGCUGGACUGAGUACCUAACGGGUAUUGUCAUGAUGAUGCAAGUCGUGUUGGAUAUCCUCCUCCUAGAUGAAAGUUAUGCGCCUGUCCUUCUGUCGCACAAAGCCCGUCGGUUGCGAUUGGAAGGCAAAAACUGGGCACUACACUCUAAGCAUGAGGAGUGGGAUGUGUCGCUCGCGGAGCUGUCGCAGAAAUAUCUCGUCCGUCCAUUCCAGAUGCUUGGAACCCCUAUCUGUCUGCUCAUAAGUAUCUACGCAUCUUUUGUGUAUGGUAUCCUCUAUGCCAAUCUGGAGAGCUUCUCAAUUGAAUUCCGUGAAAUUCGUGGUUGGGAUCCGAUCGUCUCGAGCCUACCCUUCAUCGCCUUACUCGUGGGUAUCAUCUUUGCAGCAGGGGUCAACAUAUUUAAUAACAGAUACUAUUUCGACCAAUUCCGAGCCAACAACAACCGGGCUGUCCCCGAAGCCCGACUCCCACCAAUGAUGCUCGGUGGCAUCGCCUUCGCGGCCGGUCUGUUCGUCUUCGGAUGGACAUCCUCCCCAGGAAUCAACUACUGGCCAUCCGUAAUUGGCAUCGCCUUAACCGGCUUCGGAUUUACAACCAUCUUUCAGGCGGCCCUGAACUACCUCGUUGACACCUUCACGCGGUUCAGCGCCAGCGCUGUAGCAGCAAACACGUUUCUACGAUCGAUCACGGCGGGUGCGUUCCCUCUCUUUGUGAUUCCCAUGUACCAUAAUAUCGGAGUGGACUGGGGGACGACGAUCUUCGGGUGCAUUGCGGGUGUUUUGAUCCCAGUGCCGUUUCUAUUUUUUGCGUGGGGGAAGCGGAUUCGUGCCCAAGGGAAAUGGAGUAAACAUACAGUUUAG